CGUUGGUUCUUCGCGUUUCGAGCGCUGGGUCCUUUUUGUCCCCUACUCCGAGCGGUGUCAGCUUCCGUGCGGAAGCGGUGGCCGUGAGGGAAGAAGAUGGCGGCGACUGUGGUGGCGUCGCCUGGUGCGGUGGCUAGUCGGGCCAACAAGCGCAGCGGCCCUGGGCCGGGAAGCGGCAGCGGCGCGGGAGCCAAAGGGUCGGAGGAGGAACCGCCGCCGCCCCUACAAGCAGUUCUGGUGGCAGAUAGCUUCAAUCGCCGCUUCUUCCCCAUCUCUAAGGACCAGCCUCGGGUCCUCUUGCCCCUGGCCAAUGUGGCACUAAUUGACUACACUCUGGAAUUUCUGACCGCCACAGGUGUACAGGAAACCUUUGUUUUUUGUUGCUGGAAGGCUGCUCAAAUCAAGGAACAUUUACUGAAAUCCAAGUGGUGCCGCCCUACAUCCCUCAACGUGGUUCGAAUAAUUACAUCAGAAUUAUAUCGAUCACUGGGGGAUGUUCUCCGUGAUGUUGAUGCCAAGGCCUUGGUGCGCUCUGACUUCCUUCUGGUGUAUGGGGAUGUCAUCUCAAACAUCAAUAUUACCAAAGCCCUGGAAGAACACAGGUCAGGAUGGGAAGAUGGUAAGGACAAAGGGUUUGGAACCAGCAGAGCCCAAAGACUGCUAUUUUGCUGCUCUCUCCUUCCUAUCCUUUAUAGAUUGAGGCGGAAGCUAGAAAAAAAUGUAUCUGUGAUGACAAUGAUCUUCAAAGAGUCAUCCCCUAGCCACCCAACUCGUUGCCAUGAGGACAAUGUGGUAGUGGCUGUGGAUAGUGCCACAAACCGGGUUCUUCAUUUCCAGAAGACCCAAGGUCUUCGACGGUUUUCUUUUCCUCUGAGUUUGUUCCAGGGCAGUGGAGAUGGUGUAGAGAUUCGCUAUGAUUUACUGGACUGUCACAUCAGCAUCUGCUCUCCUCAGGUGGCUCAACUCUUUACAGACAACUUUGACUACCAAACUCGAGAUGACUUUGUGCGAGGCCUGUUAGUGAAUGAGGAGAUCCUAGGGAACCAGAUCCACAUGCACGUGACAACUAGGGAAUAUGGCGCCCGGGUCUCCAACCUACACAUGUAUGCGGCUGUCUGUGCUGAUGUCAUCCGCCGAUGGGUCUACCCACUCACGCCAGAGGCAAACUUCACUGACAGCACAACCCAGAACUGCACUCAUUCCCGGCAUAACAUUUACCGAGGGCCUGAAGUCAGCCUAGGCCAUGGCAGCGUCCUGGAGGAAAAUGUGCUUCUGGGCUCUGGCACUGUCAUUGGCAGCAAUUGCUCUAUUACCAACAGUGUCAUUGGCCCUGGCUGCCGCAUUGGUGAUAACGUGGUGCUGGACCAGGCCUACCUGUGGCAGGGUGUCCGAGUGGCUGCUGGAGCACAGAUCCAUCAAUCUCUGCUCUGUGACAAUGCUGAAGUCAAGGAACAAGUUACACUGAAGCCACGCUGUGUCCUUACUUCCCAGGUGGUAGUGGGCCCAGACAUCACGCUGCCUGAGGGCUCGGUGAUCUCUUUGCACCCUCCAGAUGCAGAGGAAGAUGAGGAUGAUGGCCAGUUCAGUGACGAUUCUGGGGCUAACCAAGAAAAGGAGAAAGUGAAGCUGAAAGGUUACAAUCCAGCAGAAGUCGGAGUUGCUGGCCAGGGCUACCUCUGGAAAGCUGCAGACAUGAAUGUGGAAGAGGAAGAAGAACUACGGCAGAAUCUAUGGGGACUCACAAUCAAUGUGGAAGAAGAGAGUGAAACUGAGAGUGAGCAGAGUAUGGAUGCUGAGGAGCUAGACAGCCGAACGGGCUCCCCACAGAUGGAUGACUUCAAAGUAUUCCAGAAUGAAGUCCUGGGAACACUACAGCGGGGCAAGGAGGAGAACAUUUCUUGUGACAAUCUAGUCCUAGAGAUCAACUCUCUCAAAUACGCCUACAACAUAAGUCUAAAGGAGGUGAUGCAAGUAUUGAGCCACGUGGUCCUGGAGUUCCCCUUCCAACAGAUGGAUUCCCUGCUGGACCCAAACCGUUACUGCGCCCUGCUGCUUCCCCUUCUCAAAGCCUGGAGUCCUGUUUUUAGGAACUACAUAAAGCGUGCAGCUGAUCAUUUGGAAGCAUUGGCAGCCAUUGAGGACUUCUUCCUGGAGCAUGAAGCUCUUAGUACUUCCCUGGCCAAGGUGCUGAUGGCUUUCUACCAGCUAGAGAUCCUGGCUGAGGAAACAAUCCUGAGCUGGUUCAGCCAAAGGGAUAUGACUGAUAAGGGGCAGCAAUUGCGCAAGAACCAACAGCUGCAGAGGUUCAUCCAGUGGCUAAAAGAGGCAGAAGAGGAAUCAUCUGAAGAUGACUGAAGUCACACCGCCUGCUCCUACGGGUGUGUUGAUAGCCCUCCCGGCUUCUGGACCAGAGCAAAUGAGAGGCUAGUUGCAGAAGGAUGAGUGAUCACCAUCCAAGCUGAGACUUAAAGGAGCAGAGGCUGGAACUACAGUAUUCUUCCCACCGCCAGUAACCAUGUGCCUCCCAUCCUGACUGGGGAGUUGGGAAAAGGGAAGUUGGGCUGGAACAAAGCUCUGCCUAAAGAGGAGCAAGGCAAGCCCUGCAGUUAGAGGAAGCCCAGAGGAAUAGUUUUGUGCUCUGGCUUUCCCUCAGGGAACAGCAGAGAGCAACUGGCCCUUUCUGCUGCUUGUAUUUGUUAAUAUUAAAAAAAAGAGAGAGAGA